GUCCAGUACUGCAGCACUGACUGCACCUCCCACUCGGCUCAGCUCCUACUCGGCUCAGCUCGGCUCGGCUUGGGGAAAACAGGCACCGGGGACAUGCAAGCCACACUGCUCAGCAUCCUGGGGCUGGCCCUGCUUGGGGCGCUGCACGCACAGGACAACAUUCCAAUGCAAGCCAACUUCCAGCAGGACAAGCUCACAGGGAGAUGGUACAGCAUCGGCCUGGCCUCCAGCUCCAACUGGUUCAAGGACAAGAAGCACCUGAUGAAGAUGUGCACCACAGUCAUCACUGUCACCGCAGAUGGCAACCUGGAAGUCAACUCCACCUACCCCAAGGGUGACCAGUGUGAGAAGAGGAACAGCCUUUACAUCAAGACGGAGCAGCCCGGGCGGUUCAGCUACACCAGCCCACGCUGGGGCAGCAAACACGACAUCCGUGUGGUGGAGACCAACUAUGAUGAGUACGCUUUAGUGGCCACCCGGAUCUCCAAGAGCACCGGCACCUCCACCAUGGUGCUGCUCUACAGUCGGACUAAGGAGCUCAGUCCUGAGCGCCUGGAGAGGUUCACCCAGUUCUCCAAGGAGCAGGGCCUGACAGAUGAAGAGAUCCUCAUCCUGCCUCAGACAGACAAGUGCAUGGCAGAGGCUGCCUAGGCAGACCCACCAGCUGUUGCCGACCCAAGAGCACUGCAAGCUGGUGGCCACCCCAUCCUAUCCCCAGCACCGUAUCUAUCCACUUUCACUUCCUGGCUUUGCACCCCAUGCCUGUACCGUCACCCCCAUUAAAGCCCAUGUAAAACACCA